UCUUAUUUGAUAGAGCGGACAUACAUCACCUACUCUCUCUCUCUCUUUCUUCUUUAGUCUUUACCUUCUCACAUAAUAACCACUCUCCUUUCUUUCCAUUAAACUCUCUCCAAAAUCUUGAAACAAAACUUUUAAACUUGUUCAACGGUGUACACCAAGUAAUGCUCUGUUUUUCUUCUACAUCACUCUCCAGAAGGUUUAUUUGUCCUGAGUUCUCAUAAUGCUACAACAAAUCAGUGUCUGAGAGAACCCAAGUCACUUUCUCGGGAAAGUUUGUGUGUUUUUCUUUCUCAUAAACUCAAAACUCUGUAAUUGGUUUGGUGUUACUCUGUUUUUUUCUUCCCUCAAAGAAUCUUUAAAUUCUUUCUUUUCCUCUGUUUCUUUAAAACGUUUCUUUUUCUAUGUCCACAUGUCGUAGGUCUUCCGCUACAAGCCACGACCAUAGAAUCUUCUUUGUCUGAAUACAAGAAAAAAAACACAAAAGGAUUAUUACAAUUUACGUUUCUCUUACGAAACAGAAAGAAAUAAAUAAAAUAAAAAGAAGUAAAGAAGAAGAAGAAGAAGAAGACUUUGGAGUUUUGUGGGUCAUAAAAAUGGAGAUGAUUACUUUGGCUAAUCACCGAGACUCUUCUGAUAACAUGAACAGACAUUUAGACAGUAACGGUAAGUACGUUAGGUACACAGCCGACCAAGUUGAAGCCCUCGAGCGUGUCUACGCCGAGUGUCCUAAACCAAGCUCUCUCAGACGUCAACAGUUGAUCCGUGAAUGUUCCAUUUUGGCUAACAUCGAGCCUAAGCAGAUCAAAGUCUGGUUUCAAAACCGAAGGUGUCGAGAUAAACAGAGGAAAGAGGCGUCGAGGCUCCAGAGUGUAAACAGGAAGCUUUCAGCUAUGAAUAAACUGUUGAUGGAGGAGAAUGAUAGAUUGCAGAAGCAAGUUUCUCACCUUGUUUGUGAAAAUGGAUAUAUGAAGCAGCAGCUUACUACUGUUGUGAAUGAUGGAAGCUGUGACUCUGUGGUCACAACUCCUCAGCAUUCUCUUAGAGAUGCUAAUAGUCCUGCUGGAUUGCUCUCUAUUGCAGAGGAGACAUUGGCAGAGUUCCUUUCCAAGGCUACAGGAACUGCUGUUGAGUGGGUUCAGAUGCCUGGGAUGAAGCCUGGUCCGGAUUCGGUUGGAAUAUUUGCUAUUUCGCAAAGAUGUAGUGGAGUGGCAGCUCGAGCCUGUGGUCUUGUUAGUUUAGAACCUGUCAAGAUUGCAGAGAUCCUUAAAGAUAAGCCAUCUUGGUUCCGUGACUGUAGAAGCCUUGAAGUGUUCACUAUGUUCCCUGCAGGUAACGGCGGCACAAUAGAGCUUGUCUAUAUGCAGAUGUAUGCACCAACGACUCUGGCUCCUGCUCGCGAUUUCUGGACCCUGAGAUACACAACUAGCCUGGACAAUGGCAGUUUUGUGGUGUGUGAAAAGUCACUUUCUGGUUCUGGAGCUGGUCCUAAUGCUGCUUCAGCUUCUCAGUUUGUGAGAGCAGAAAUGCUUUCAAGUGGGUAUUUAAUAAGGCCUUGUGAUGGUGGAGGUUCAAUUAUUCACAUUGUCGAUCACCUUAAUCUUGAAGCUUGGAGUGUUCCAGAUGUGCUUAGACCCCUUUACGAGUCAUCCAAAGUAGUUGCACAAAAGAUGACCAUUUCCGCAUUGAGGUAUAUCAGGCAACUAGCACAGGAGUCUAAUGGUGAGUUAGUGUAUGGAUUAGGAAGGCAGCCUGCUGUUCUUAGAACCUUUAGCCAGAGACUAAGCAGGGGUUUUAAUGAUGCGGUUAAUGGGUUUGGUGAUGACGGGUGGUCUACAAUGCAUUGUGAUGGAGCUGAAGACAUCAUUGUUGCUAUCAACUCCACCAAGCAUUUGAGUAAUAUAACUAGCUCUCUUUCGUUCCUUGGAGGCUUGCUUUGUGCCAAGGCUUCAAUGCUUCUCCAAAAUGUUCCACCUGCGGUUUUGGUCCGGUUUCUAAGAGAGCAUCGGUCAGAAUGGGCUGAUUUCCAUGUUGAUGCAUAUUCUGCUGCGACGCUUAAAGCUGGUAGUUUUGGUUAUCCUGGAGUGAGGCCUACAAGGUUCACUGGGAGCCAAGUCAUUAUGCCUUUAGGGCAUACGAUUGAACACGAAGAAGUAAGUCUUUCAAAGCUGAGAAAAAAAAACAUUAUCGUUUGUGUUUUUACUAGUUUAUGUGUUUGGUGGUGUUGUGUUCAGAUGCUUGAAGUUGUUAGACUAGAAGGUCAUUCUCUUGCACAAGAAGAUGGGUUUAUGUCCCGGGAUGUUCAUCUUCUUCAGAUUUGUACUGGAAUUGAUGAGAAUGCUGUUGGAGCUUGUUCAGAACUAAUCUUUGCUCCUAUUAAUGAGAUGUUCCCUGAUGAUGCUCCACUUGUUCCCUCUGGAUUCCGUGUCAUACCCAUUGAUGCUAAAACGGGAGAUGACUUAAUAACGUCUAACCACAGGACAUUAAACUUAACUUCUACCCUUGAAGUUGGUCCAUCACCAGAGACUAAUGCUUCUGGAAACUCUUCUUCUAGCUCAAGCUCAAGAUGUAUACUCACUAUAGCCUUUCAGUUCCCAUUUGAAAACAACUUGCAAGAAAAUGUUGCUGGUAUGGCUUGUCAGUACGUGAGGAGCGUGAUUUCAUCGGUUCAACGUGUUGCUAUGGCGAUCUCACCGACUGUGAUAAGCUCGAGUCUUGGCUCCAAGUUGUCACCGGAAUCUCCUGAAGCUGUUACUCUUGCUCAGUGGAUCUCCCAAAGUUACACUCACCACUUAGGUUCGGAGUUGGUGACUAUUGACUCUCUUGGAAGCAAUGACUCGGUGUUGAAACUUAUUUGGGAUCACCAAAAUGCCAUCUUAUGUUGCUCUUUAAAGUUUAAGUCUUGGUUAUGCUUGCAGCCUCAACCAGUGUUCAUAUUCGCGAACCAAGCUGGUUUAGAAAUGCUAGAGACAACACUUGUAGCCUUACAAGACAUUACACUCGAGAAGAUCUUUGAUGAAUCUGGUAGAAAGGCUCUCUGCUCCGACUUCGCCAAGCUAAUGCAACAGGGAUUUGCUUGCUUGCCUUCAGGAAUCUGUUUGUCUACAAUGGGGAGACAUGUCACUUAUGAACAAGCUGUUGCUUGGAAAGUGUUUGCUGCCUCUGAAAACGAUAACAGUAAUAAUAAUUUGCAUUGUCUUGCUUUCUCCUUUGUAAACUGGUCUUUUGUGUAAUAAUCUCAUCUCUUGUGAGAGUAUUAGGAAAUUCUAAUCAAAUUUACAUUUAGACAACUUUUUUUUUGUUGUUUAUGUAAGUGUCUGUCUCUGUUUUGAUAUAUUUAUAUAUAUUUUUAAACCUUAAACCAUAUAGUAAAAAAUAACAAAGAAUCAAAGUAUCUUCAGAACUUCAUGCACCUAGCAGGUAAACCUGUCUGAUGAUUUACAGCAACAAUCUCAGAGACAUUGUUGCAACGAAGAACGUCU